GCGGGGACACAUGGCGUCCGUCAUCGCGGCUGAAAGAGGAGGAGAGCAUGCAGUGAGCGCGCAUCUCCAACUCCAAACCUCCCAAUGUGUCGCUGAGGAGCAGCAGGCUGACACACACCAGCGGACGACACGACCACAAAGCGGAGUAAAAAAGGAGCGCCAUGUUCGGCAUGAUCAAGAACUCUCUGUUCGGGAACACCGAGGAGACGCAGUACAAGUUGCUGAGCACCGAGACCAAGGAUGGAGUGAGCUUUGAGGUACGGCGAUACGAUUCUGCCAAAUAUGCCGUGGUCUCCUCGGAGGGACGCAGUUUCGACCAGGUGACAGGAGAGUUGGUGAGGAAGCUGCUCAUGUACAUUGGUGGCAGCAAUGAACAAGGCGAAUCGAUGGGAACGGCGGCACCAACCAUCAUCACUGUAUACCCCCGGAACGACGGUGUGCUAUCACGCCGUCUGGUGGUCGCCAUCCGUAUCCCCGCCAUCUACCAGCAAGGCCCCCCGACGCCUACCGACAGUGCCAUCAAGAUUGAGGAUCGGCCUGGCAUGACUGUCUAUACACUGCAGUUUGGAGGCUUCGCGGCCGAGAGCGAGUACCGAGCGGAGGCUUUGCGCCUGACACGCACCCUCGGGGAGACGGCGCCCUUCCAGCGAAAACAAUACUUCUGCUGCAGCUACGACUCGCCCAUCAAACCUUAUGGACGACGCAACGAGGUGUGGUUUAUACAGGAGGAGCCUUAGAGGUGUGGACUUCAGUCUCUUUUCACUGACACUCCCAACACUCUGCAGAGAGAACUCUACUGUACUUAAUCCUUUUCUUUGGGGAAAAAACAUAAUUACUGUAUUGUUGACGCACAAGACGUGUGUAGUGUGUAGUAUGUUUGUGAGUUGGAGUAAAAAAUAUAUGUAACAAAGCCUUAAUUUAGAGUUAUUUGGACACUAGGGUAACAUAUAAGGGUUAGGGUUACUAAUAAGCAAUAAUUCUGAGGUUAUUGAGGGAAGACUCUUAGUUAAUGGCUUACUGGUUGUAUAAUAAGGCCAUGCGGAAUAAAGCAUUAAUAAGUACUUAAUGACUAAUUAAGAGUCAAUAUGUUACUAAUUUGCAUGUUAAUAAGCAACUAAUUAAUGGUGAAUAUGUGUUCUCCAUACUAAAGUGUUACUAUAUAUAUACAUAUACAUAUAUAUAUA